AGCCCCUCUAACAGCAGAGUUACCACUCUCAGUUCUGAGGCGCUAAUUAGGUGUUACAUAUUCUGUCUAUUGACAGUUAGAAUAUGCAAGCAUUUUAUUUUGUCAGAGGGUUGAUGUGAGAAGACUUUGAAAGAAAGCCAUUUCUGAGGAGAUAAAGAUAAGGUCAGAAGAGACCAAUUACAUUCUAAAACAUCCUAAAAACACAACUGCACAUCUUGACCGUCCUGCUGCAGGAGUUUGUCUACUGGAUGGUGAGGGAGCCUGUGAAUUCAUUUCCACAACAGAAAUACAUCUAAGUUGGAGUCAAAUAAGAUGGUUAAGAAGAUGCUAUGAAAAACUAAUUUGAAAAGUUUUAAAACAGUUAUAUUGAAGUUAUCAAGUGUGAGGCUAGAAAUAUUUUGCUCUGAGAACUGAGAAAGCCAUGGGCUCAUUUUCCUUGGUAAAGAUUUGCUUCUUUGCAAUCCUGCAAAUGGCAUUUUUGUGUUUUUUGUUCUCCACAUUUUCGGAUUUUAAAAUAUUUAACCAGGAAAGAAAUCAAACAUUAAAUUCUUCUUCAGAACGUGAGUCAUUUUUGAUACAAGAAAAAACUUACCUUAUUCUCCUUUGGAAAUGGCGCUUUAAGAACCAGUUCCCAUACGACCAGUGCCCUUAUGACUUUGACACAUCUGGUUGUUUCUACACAGGGGACCGCAAUUUAUACUCAGAUGCAGAUGCUGUUAUUCUGCAUCACGAUAAUGUACGUAGCUCUAGAGAUUUAUUGCCCAAAAAACAAAGACCCACUAAACAAUAUUGGAUUUGGUUCUGUUUAGAGUCUCCAACUCACAGUCCAAAUUUGACAUUAAUGGAUAACCUCAUCAACCUCACCAUGAGUUAUAGGGCAGACUCAGAUAUCUUCACUCCUUAUGGAUGGCUGGGGAAGCAUGAUUCACAUGAAAAUUUUACAAUUCCUUUAAAAACUAAACUUGUAGCCUGGGCAGUUAGUAACUGGAAUCCAAACUACCGGAGGAGCAAAUACUAUUUGGAGCUUAAGAAAUACAUCCAAAUUGAUAUGUAUGGUCGUCACAGGAUGCUGCUCCCAAAGGAUAAUUACACAAUGACUUUUUCUACUUACAAAUUUUAUCUUGCAUUUGAGAACAGUAUCCAUGAUGACUAUAUCACUGAAAAACUAUGGAAUAAUUCAUUCCAUUCAGGGACUGUGCCAGUGGUAAUGGGACCACCUCGUUCUAACUAUGAACGUUUUGUACCCCCAGAUUCAUUUAUACACGUAGAUGAUUUUCAGAGUCCUAAGGAACUGGCUUCUUAUCUUCUGGAGUUAGAUAAGGAUGAUAAAAGAUACAAGCAAUAUUUCAACUGGAGGUCUAAAUUCAAGCCAGAAGGAAUUACUAAUUAUCUAUUACAAUACUGUAAAGUAUGUAAAGCAUUGAAAGAGGCCCCUGCGUAUAGAACUAUUCCAAGCAUUGAUAAGUGGUUCAAAUAAUGCAAUUAUUAAUGUGGAUGUAUAUUAAAAAUGUUAUUUUUACUUUAUACUGGUUCAAAUAUUAAUAACCCUAGAUUUCAACAAAAUAAGUUUUUUUUUUAUAAAAAUGUUUUAAAAAUGCAUUAUAUCAAUAAAAUUUACACAAAAAAAUGUGAAAUGUUACAAAUUAACAA